AUCGGAAAGAGAAAGGGAAGUAGCUUGUACUCGUAAUGAGAAUAAUUGGCGGCUACUGAGCCGACCCGCUGAAUUUUGGCUAUGGCUUCUCUCCGGUUCCAUACACUAAAUAAGAGAGAUGCGAUGGUUAGGACUCGCUCAAGGAGAUGUGAAUAUAACAGGAGAGAAGCCAAUCAAGCUCUAGCCGCCAACUCGCUCUUUAAAGAACAUUUAAUUCUAACGUACACAAACUGUUACCUUCUUCUUCUUCUUCUUCUUUCAUAUUUUUAUCUGUCUCUGGUUUUCUUCUGCAAUUUCAGAAGAAAAUGCAAAUCAAAACAAUGUCUCUCUCUUUCCACACUCCUCUUUUAAAAAAUCCAAACCUCAAAAAUAUUUCUCGACCUUCAGUUCUCUUCAGUAAAUCACCUCCGUCGCCUCCUCUGUCUUUGCCACCUUCAACUCCAUUACACACCUCUCUUUCACUUCAAAGUUCUAAUCGCAACAUCAAUCGGUUUAUAACUCCAUGCAUUGGCUCCGAUCAAGAAAUUCUCAAUACAGAGCCUGAAAUUUUAAGUGAAAAUGAUAAUAAUGGUGACGAUAAAGUUGAAGCUGUUAGGUUGAAGAGAAGUGAGUUAGAAAACCAGAGCAUAUGGACGCAGAUGAAGGAAAUUAUGAUGUUUUCGGGUCCAGCUACCGGGUUGUGGAUAUGUGGGCCAUUGAUGAGUCUUAUAUCUACGGCUGUGAUCGGUCGGGGAAGUUCUACGGAACUUGCUGCUUUAGGUCCAGGUACUGUGUUUUGUGAUAAUAUGAAUCUUCUUUUUAUGUUUCUAUCAAUUGCUACUUCAAAUAUGGUGGCCACUUCACUUGCCAAACGGGAUAAAAAUGAAGUACAACACCAAAUAUCAAUUUUGCUCUUUAUUGGAUUGGCUUGUGGCAUCUUAAUGCUAUUGUUUACACAAUUUCUUGGCCCCUGGGCACUAACUGCUUUUGCUGGCCCAAAGAAUGUGCAUAUUGUACCCGUAGCUAGCAAAUAUGUUCAGAUUCGAGGCUUAGCAUGGCCAGCAGUUCUUUAUGGAUUAGUCUCUCAAAGCUCAAGUCUCGGCAUGAAAGAUUCUGUAGGACCUUUGAAGGCUUUGGUGGUUGCCAGUGCUGUGAAUGCCAUUGGUCAUUUAGUCCUAUGCAGUUUUCUUGGCUAUGGUAUUACAGGAGCAGCGUGGGCAACAAUGACAUCACAAGUCAUUGCAGCCUAUAUGAUGAUUGAAGCUUUGAAUAAGAAAGGAUAUAAUGCUUUCGCUGUCUCUAUUCCAUCCCCCAAAGAAUUUUUGCAAAUAUUCAGCAUAGCUGCUCCAGUGUUUGUAACAAUGUUCUCAAAGGUGGCCUUCUACUCUCUUAUGACAUAUUUUGCAACAGCGAUGGGCACAUUCACAGUUGCGGCUCAUCAGGUUAUGAUCCAAAUGUAUGGCAUGUGUGUAGUAUGGGGUGAGCCUCUCUCUCAAACUGCACAAUCAUUCAUGCCUGAGUUGCUGUAUGGAGUCGAGAGAAGUUUAGACAAGGCUAGAACGCUGCUCAAGUCACUAAUGAUUAUUGGAGCUAUACUUGGAGCAAUAAUAGCAAGUGUUGGAGCAUCUAUUCCUUGGCUGUUCCCCAACAUUUUCACUCAUGAUCUUAAAGUCAUACAAGAGAUGCACAAAGUGUUAAUUUUGUUCUUUGUCGCAUUAUCUGCAACACCCUGUACGCACAGCCUCGAAGGGACAUUGCUGGCUGGACGCGAUUUCAAGUUCAUCAGCUUAUCAAUGAGUGGAUGCUUUUCAUUGGGUGCUCUUCUGUUAAUGCUUGCAAGCAGCAAGGGGGUGUAUGGUCUGCAAGGCUGCUGGUGUGCGCUUGUAGCAUUCCAAUGGGCUCGAUUUUUCUUUGCUCUCCGACGCCUAUUGUCUCCAAAAGGCAUACUCAGUUCCGAAGAAACUGUCGAAUACAAACUUGGGAAGCUAAAAGCAGCUUAGUUGCUUGGACCAAUUUCGGUUUGUGUUGCAAAAUCCCAGGACUAAAAUCUAUGUGCACUUAAUCAUCACAAAUAGGCACAUCUUUUUGGUCUUAGUUGCCAAAGAUCAAGUUGUCUUGAUUCUCUGAUGCCUCAAUUAGACUAGUAGCUAUCAUAUAACCAAAAGGCGAAUGAUUUUGCUUGGUGAAUUGUUAUAGGAAUUGAUUAUGCCUUUGUAUUUGUUCGCAGGGUAGUUUUAUCAUGCACCAUGUGAUUUGAGGCAAUUUUGCUUCUUGAUUAUUCAUUUAAAGCUUGUUAAGUUUCAGAAAUAAAAUAGAAAAUUUGACAACGUUAGGACACCAAAUUUAUAAUUAA